UGUGUUUACCAAGACCAGAUUGACAGCAGUAGGAAGGUGCCAAAUUUAUUCACGUAUGGAGCAUUGUUUUGAAGAAUGAAUGAAUAAGUGGUGUUUGGACAUAUUACGCUAUCAAGCAGUGGAAUGUCCGAAAUUUUCAGUUUGUCUGUUUGUCGUAGUGAACUGAAGUUAGGUCAUCCUCAUUCACUGUUGGCCGACUAGCCUAGCGAGCUUGCCGGGCUAGGUAGGCUUGCAUUAGCUACAGCAAGACUCCGUCUUCGAAAUAGCAGCCACACACAGAAAAGCAGCAUGGUGGACAAGAAUAUCUACAUCGUCCAGGGUGAAAUUAGCACUGUUGUUGGAGCUAUCAAGAGGAACUCCAGAUGGAAUACCCACACUCCUCUGGACGAAGAGCAGGACCCAUUACUCAACAGCUUUGGUCAGCUCAAGGAAAUACUCAACAACAUUAAAGAGCUGCCAGAUAUUGAGCCCAACGUUUUCCUGAGGCCCUUCCUAGAAGUGGUCCGCUCUGAGGAUACCACUGGACCAAUCACAGGCCUUGCCCUUACCUCUGUCAACAAGUUCCUCUCCUAUGGCCUUAUCGAUGCUAACCAUGAAGCCGCAGCAGAGGCCAUUGAGAACAUGGCAGACGCAGUCACUCAUGCUAGAUUUGUGGGAACGGACCCUGCCAGCGAUGAAGUUGUCCUCAUGAAAAUCCUACAGGUCCUGAGGACUCUGCUGCUCACGCCAGUCGGAGCCCAUCUGACCAACGAGUCUGUGUGUGAGAUCAUGCAGUCCUGCUUCAGGAUCUGCUUCGAGAUGCGGCUAAGUGAACUCCUCAGGAAAUCAGCUGAACAUACACUGGUUGACAUGGUGCAGCUACUGUUCUCCAGACUACCCCAAUUCAAAGAAGAGGCCAAGAGCUACGUGGGUGCCAACAUGAAGAAGCUGAAGAUGCGCGCCGGUGGAAUGAGCGAGUCAUCCAAAUGGAAGAAGCAGAAACGCUCGCCGAGGCCUCCUCGCCACAUGGUCCGAAGUCCCUCAGGUCAGAUAGACCCGACCCAGUCCGGCUCCCUCAGCAACAACCUUUCAGGUGGUGUCCCGUUCAUUGAGCAAGGCUUGUCCACCUCCAGCUUACCAGCCUCAGACAGCGCUGCCUCAUCCAUCUCCAGCCCUACAACCACAGACAGUGGCCUCGACCCUUGCUCCAAAGCCACCUCCAGGGAAGACCUCUCUGACUUGGACCAGUGUAGCUCAUCCGCAAACACCCCUAGCACUGCUACCGCCACACUCUCUGGGACUGAGCACGGCUCUCCAGAUGCACAGUCUGAGGGCAGGCGGGUCGAGCCAGCUCCGUCGGCCUCAGUGGAGUCCAUCCCUGAGGUUCUGGAGGACAAAGACUCCAUUGCAGAGCAGUCGGAUAACACCUCUGUCCAUGACAUGGACUAUGUCAACCCUCGAGGAGUCCGUUUCACGCAGUCCACACAAAGAGAUGGAGCGUCCCUCAUCCCUUAUGGCCUCCCAUGUCUCAGGGAGCUCUUUCGCUUCCUGAUCUCACUGACCAACCCCCACGACCGCCACAACACUGACGCCAUGAUGCACAUGGGGCUGCAGCUGCUGACUGUAGCGCUUGAGUCGGCACACAUUGCUAACUACCAGUCCUUACUAGGAUUAGUCAAAGAUGAGCUCUGCAGACAUCUCUUCCAGCUGCUGAGUGUUGACCGUAUGAACCUGUACGCUUCCUCCAUACGAGUUUGCUUCUUGCUUUUCGAAAGCAUGAGAGUACAUCUGAAGUUUCAGCUCGAGAUGUACCUAAAGAAACUGAUGGACAUCAUCACAUCAGAGAACGUUAAGAUGCCCUAUGAGAUGAAGGAAAUGGCUCUGGAGGCUCUGGUCCAGCUGUGGAGGAUCCCCAGCUUUGUCACUGAGCUGUACAUCAACUAUGACUGUGACUUUUACUGCUCCAAUCUGUUCGAAGACCUCACCAAGCUGCUGUCCAAGAAUGCAUUCCCAGUGUCAGGGCAGCUCUACACCACCCACCUCCUUUCUCUGGAGGCUCUGCUCACGGUGAUCGACAGCACUGAAGCCUACUGCCAGGCCAAAGUUCUCAACAGCGCUGCUCAACAAGACCAGUCAGAAGCGCUGCUGGUGGAGGGAGACGGCUCAACUAAAAGCGGCACUGACGCCACAACUGAUGUGAACAUACAGGGCAAUACCAAUGGUACGAGUCUCCCACAAUCUGAGAACGCACCAGUGUGUCCACCGACCAGUGGACAUCUGAUGGCAGAGAAGAUGAAACUAGGUGUCCAGGAUCAAGGAGACAGUGAUGCCGCGGAGAGGAGAGCCCCGAAGAAGCCUCAGCGCUUCUCCUCGUACUUACCUGAUUCCCAGGAACUGAUGGACAUUAGAACAAAGAAAAAGCUGCUGAUCACAGGCACAGAGCAGUUUAACCAGAAGCCCAAGAAGGGAAUCCAGUUCCUGCAGGAGAAGGGCCUCCUCAAUAACCCCAUGGACAACAACCAGGUGGCCCAGUGGCUCAGAGAAAACCCUCGACUGGACAAAAAGAUGAUCGGCGAGUACGUCAGCGAUCGCAAAAACAUGGAGCUCCUGGACAGCUUUGUGAGCACAUUCGCCUUCCAGGGGCUUCGCAUCGAUGAGGCCCUGCGGCUCUACUUGGAGGCCUUUAGAUUACCUGGAGAGGCUCCUGUCAUCCAGAGACUCCUGGAAACCUUCACAGACAACUGGCAUAAAGUGAACGGCUCUCCCUUCAUGAGCAACGACGCAGGCUUUGCCUUGGCCUACGCCAUCAUAAUGCUGAACACUGACCAGCAUAACCACAAUGUCCGCAAGCAGAACAUCCCCAUGACUGUAGAGCAAUUCAAGAAAAAUCUGAAGGGAGUCAACGGAAACAAAGACUUUGACCAGGACAUGUUGGAGGACAUCUACAAUGCUAUCAAGAAUGAAGAGAUUGUGAUGCCAGAUGAGCAGACAGGUUUAGUGAAGGAGAACUAUGUAUGGAGUGUGUUGCUACACCGCGGAGCUACGACCGAGGGUGUUUUCCUCCACGUGCCACCCGGCAGCUACGACCAUGACCUGUUCACCAUGACCUGGGGUCCCACCAUCGCUGCCCUCUCCUACGUCUUUGACAAGAGCCUGGACGACAGCAUCAUCCAGAAAGCCAUUACUGGCUUCAGGAAAUGUGCAAUGAUAGCGGCUCACUACGGCUUCAGUGACGUGUUUGACAAUUUGAUCAUCUCUCUCUGCAAGUUCACCACUCUGAGCAGUGAGUCUGUGGAAAACCUUCCCACAGUGUUUGGCAGCAACGGCAAGGCACAGACAGCAGCCAAAACAGUGUUUGACCUCGCCCAUCGGCACGGCAACAUCCUGAGGGAGGGCUGGAAGAACAUCAUGGACUCCAUGCUGCAGCUGUUCAGAGCCAAGCUCCUGCCCAAAGCCAUGGUUGAGGUGGAGGAUUUUGUGGAGCCAAAUGGGAAAAUUUCUCUUCAACGAGAGGAAACGCCUUCAAAUCGCGGUGAGUCUGCCGUGUUGAGUUUUGUGAACUGGCUGACGCUGAGCGGGGCCGAGCAGUCGGGACUCAGAGGCCCAUCCAACGAAAACCAGGAGGCCAAGCAGGCUGCCAUUCUCUGCAUAAAGCAAUGUGACCCAGAAAAGCUGAUCACAGAGAGUAAAUUCCUACAGCGGGAGUCACUGCAGGAGCUGCUGAAGGCUCUGAUAUCAGUCACCCCAGACGAAGAGACUUACGAUGAAGAGGAUGCUGCCUUCUGCCUGGAGAUGUUGCUGCGUAUCGUUUUGGAGAACCGAGACCGGGUGUCCUGCGUGUGGCAGACAGUACGCGACCACCUCUGCCACCUCUGCGUCCACGCCAACGAGAGCUGCUUCCUGGUGGAGAGGGCUGUGGUGGGACUCCUUCGACUCGCAAUCCGCUUGCUACGGCGAGAAGACAUUAGCUCUCAGGUGCUCCACUCCCUGCGUCUCCUGCUGAUGAUGAAACCUCAUGUCUUGUCGCGGGUCAGCAGGGAGGUCGCCUACGGCCUUCACGAGCUGCUGAAGACUAACGCGGCCAACAUCCACUGCACGGACGACUGGUACACGCUCUUCUCCCUGCUGGAGUGCAUCGGAGCCGGAGUGAAACCUCCCGCUUCCUUCCAGCUCACCUCCACCACUACUGACAACGACACAGGAGCACAGUCGGAUAGCGAGCUGUCUUCUCAUCAUCCAAGUGAACUGAGUUUAGACCGUGGCUACACGUCGGACUCAGAGGUUUACACUGAGCACAGCAAGACCAGGAUCUCUCGCUCUACGACGGAUGUGGAUGUAGCAAGCAGUGGAUGGCUUGUGGUUGGGAAAGAUGACCUGGACACCAGUAAGACCGCUCCAGUAAGCUCUAAAGCUCAGCUGAAUCACCCACUGGUCAACCAGUACAGUCUGACGCUGGGCCAGGACCUGGGCCAGCACGACACAAAGUCUCUCAUUAAAUGCGUGGAAACGCUCUCUUUCAUCGUCCGCGACGCCGCCCACGUCACCCCUGACAAUUUUGAGCUGUGCGUCAGAGCUAUCCGAGUGUUCGUGGAGGCCAGCCUCAAUGGAGGUUACCGCAAUCACGACAAGAAGAAGAGCCACAAGUACGACUCCAAGUCCCGCCUGAGGAAGAAGGCGGGGGGGAGGGAAAAGGAGGGCGGAGGCGGCGCGAGGCGAGGCGGCGGCGGCGGCGGCGGCGGCCGAGCCUCCAGCCAGCGUCCGUCGCGUUCCCACAGCGACGAGGAGGAAGACGAGGGUGUCCCAGCCAGUUACCACACGGUGUCAUUACAGGUUAGUCAGGACCUGUUAGACCUGAUGCACACCCUGCACACCCGGGCUGCCAGCAUCUACAGCUCCUGGGCAGAGGAGCAGCGCCAUCUGCAGGCCGCAGGCAGGAAAAUCGAGGCCGACUCCCAGACUCUGUGGACCAGCUGCUGGUGCCCGCUGCUGCAAGGCAUUGCUUGGCUGUGCUGUGAUGCCAGGAGACAGGUUCGCAUGCAGGCCCUCACCUACCUCCAGAGGGCGCUGCUGGUCCACGAUCUGCAGACGCUCGAUGCCACUGAGUGGGAGUCCUGCUUCAACAAGGUGCUGUUCCCCCUGCUGACUAAGCUGCUUGACAACAUAAGCCCAGCAGAUGUGGGUGGUAUGGAGGAGACCAGAAUGAGAGGCUGCACACUCCUGUCAAAGGUUUUCCUCCAGCACCUGUCUCCUCUGCUGUCCCUGCCCACCUUUGCUGCCCUCUGGCUAACCAUUCUGGAUUUCAUGGACAAGUACAUGCACGCAGGGUCCAGUGAUUUACUGUUGGAGGCAAUUCCUGAGUCUCUGAAGAAUAUGCUGCUGGUAAUGGACACGGCAGGGAUCUUCCACAGCGCUGACUCCAGGACGGGAUACUCAGACCUGUGGGAGAUUACCUGGGAGCGAAUCGUCUGCUUCCUGCCUCACCUGAGGGAGGAGCUCUUCAAACAGACCGUCAUACCAGAUCCAGUACCCAGUCCUCCAGCAGAGCCUGUGCAGCCUCCACCCGCAGCAGGUCGGCCUCCAUCCCCUCAGGUGUCUCUACCACCUGCCCAGCCACCCUCCCCGGUCCCAGUACCCCCUGCAGAAACACAGACCCCCAGCAGGCCAGCAUCACCCCAGGACCUUCAGUCCACCAGUGCCACCGGAUCAGACCGAUCACCUUCGGUUCCACCCUCCGUUCCCCCCAUGCCGGGGCCGUUAACACCGCCCCCUGUCCAGGCUCCCUCACCCUUAGGCCAGUCCCCCCUCAUCCUGCAGCCCCUGGCCUCUCCCUUGCAGGUGGGAGUCCCGCCCAUGUCCCUGCCAAUCAUCCUGAACCCCGCCCUCAUCGAGGCCACUUCCCCCGUACCGCUGCUUUCCGGUCCCAGACCGACGAGCCCAUCCGACGAAGUCAAGUAAGAGAACCCCCCCCCCCCCCCCCCCCCCCACGCCCAUCACACCCUCUUUAACAACUGGACCCGACAGACUUCAACUACCACUUCAAGAGCUGCUCAUCACCAGGUUUUUGACAGGAUGGAACAUAUUUGAGGGCAAAGUAGAUGGGACACCUCAAUCGUACCACGUUUGAUUUAAAAGGUUAAUAUUAGGGGCAGGGUUCAACAUCUGAUACUGUACAAAAAAACCCAAAACAAAACAAAAAAACACCACCUCCACCACCACCAUGCUCCGUUCAUUCUUCGUGCCAUUUUUCUGUUUGGUAUUUUUUGAAUUCCUGUGGACAAAUGACUAAACAGACAGGAGGUGAUCAUCAUGUUCAGAUAUUCAGGAUAUUCAGUCGCUCGAGGAAGAAACAUAACAAGCAAAAGUUAGAUUGACUAAAAACGGAAAGUAGAGGCAGAGCUGCAGCCGCCUCAGUCUCAUCCCUGCUAAUAGAGUUAAUGCUGUUCUCCACACGGGGAGCGUUACUUCACUGGCUGAUCCCAGUGUUUUUAAACUCAGUGCACUGUAAAGAUUUUAGACCAGUACACAAUAACAGAUAAAAAGAUCCAGUGUUUCCUCACCACAGUUUUAUUCUUGGGAGGAAACACUGAGUGUGAUGCUGAUGGUGAUGAAGGAAUAACAGUGGAACUAAGACGUAUGAGCCUGUGGACACACACACACACAAACUUGAUAUAACAGUCCACAAUAUGUGGAGAUUUUUUUUUUGGGGGGGGGGGUUAUUACUAAUAUCAUCAGCAUCAGGUUCAUGGAUUUAGGAGAAUCAGUUGUUUUUAUGAGAUAUCAAGCCUGAGCUUUAGAUUCAGCUUCAGUCACUCUCAUCUUCUCUCAUCAGCUUGGUAAUGGAAAUAAUUCUGAAGUUUCCUGUAGCAGAAGAAAGAGCCCCCCCCAACCCUCCCCACUCCACCCCAUGAGAUUUUUUAAGUUGAUAAGACCAGGCUGACCUCACGGCUUUGCUGCUCGUUAGCUCGUGCUUCAUGUGGACGUGCAGACUUCAGACAGGGACAGGGUCUCUGGGUGUUAGGUACUGUGUGCUGUAGCGGAAACAGGAUCGUCGUCACGGCACUGCAUCAGCAUCUGAUUGAAAACUGUACAGAGAAACCGCUUAAUUUAUUUGAUCAGAGAUCCUGUUCUGUUCACAGAAAGACGCAGCAGACUGUUUAUUUCUACCCGUUUCUUUUCAGUUGUUCAUGACGCCAACAGCAACGGCCAAAAAAACAAAACAAAAAAACAAAACCCAGCUGUGAUGGAUUCCUGCCUGGGUCUAAGAUGAAUCUGACAGGUAUUUUACAUGUUUAUCAUGUGUAUGUAGCUCGCUGCACACGACAGUUGACAACAAGGCAACGAGGCUGGUUAAUGGUCACGUCACGUCCAAAUCUGUGGAGGCAGAUAACAGCAGGAAAGCAUUUAAUCAUGGCUGAAUACUUACACGAGGACACUGAAUCACCUCUGAGUUUAUGGCAUCUGUUGUUGGAAACCACAUACACACACAGAGCAGGAGCAGCAGAGCUCAGCACGACUCAGUCACCAGGAUGUUACUUUCACUGCGACACCAGGCAGGACAGCGUUACUGAAAGUGUCCAAUAGAAGAGCGAGGGACCAGUCCAACAUGACGCCAUUUUACUUCUCCGGAUCGUUGGCGUGAACAUGAACCAGAGCAAAACUUAAAAAAGGCAACAGUGGAUUUUAGUUUUUUUCCUUGGUUCAGACCAAAUGCAGCAGAAUACAGGUGUGAAGGAUCUGCCUUUUCAAACUCUGCAGCUCGAAUCUUCAGAGUGAAGCAUUUCAGUUCUGUAAACUCUGAGGUGUUUCCACAGUGAGUCUUCAGCUGUGCUUAAACUGACUAAUGGCUGUUCGCCUGCUGCAGUUCUCCUCCACUGAUGCCCGUGGACAUGCUGACCGUGUCUCGUGUACACUGACGUGUUCUCCGACGAGCCCCCAGCGGAAGGCACAUUGACCACUCUAAUGCCAAACUGGUGUCUUUUGAGUGUGGUGGUGCAGAUGUGGACAGGAAAAGCUUAACAUCCAUUCACAGUGGCCCCCGCAGUGGCUCUCUGUCUCACUGAUGUUUAGUGUUAAUGUUUAUUUAUUGAACUGGGAAAGGAGAGAAGGACUUUUCCACUGCAGUACAGUCGACGUAGAUACAGUGUGUAUAUGUGAGUCAGGUAACACUACAGCCUUAUAGAGACACCAACGUCACACGUUUUGGAAGUUGUGGGUUGUUUAUUUGUUGUAUGGGACUCUUAGAUAUAUCAGCUGAUUCUUGCUUGAAGAGGAAAUGACAUGAAUAUAAUAUGUAUAUAUAUAUAAAUGAAAGGUAAUGUACUUUUUACUAUGUAAUAAAUGAAAUGUAAAGA